UCCAUCGGUGGAGUAAAGAUGGCUGACCAAGGCGCCGCAGAUCCUGGUAAUAACAACAAUAAUAAAGCCGAAGCCGCGGAGGGAACUAUUAUCAAGGUCACAGUGAAAACCCCGAAGGACAAAGAAGAGAUCGCCAUCGCAGAGGAUGCCUCCGUCACUCAGUUCAAAGAAGAGAUCUCAAGGCGGUUUAAAGCCAAACAGGACCAGUUGGUUCUGAUCUUUGCAGGGAAGAUCUUGAAGGAUGGCGACAGCCUCAGCCAACACGGCAUCAAGGAUGGCCUGACAGUUCACCUAGUCAUUAAGACAGCACAGAAGGCAGGAGAAGGUGCCAGCGCCGCGGCCUCUAGCUCAACCUCUACUCCAGCUGCCAGUUCAUCCAUUUCUAGUCCAGGCACCAACACCUCCUCCACAGCAGGUUCUACUGGCUCUGCCCAACCAUCCACACAGACACCCAACUUAAUGACUGGCUUUGGUGACCUGUCGAGUUUGGCUGGACUGGGCAUGGGCUCAUCUAAUUUCAUGGAGCUGCAGCAGCAGAUGCAGAGGCAGCUCAUGUCCAACCCAGAGAUGCUUUCUCAGAUCAUGGAGAACCCGCUGGUGCAAAACAUGAUGUCCAACCCUGACCUGAUGAGGCAGAUGAUCAUGGCCAAUCCUCAGAUGCAAACGCUGAUGGAACGCAAUCCUGAGAUCUCCCACAUGCUCAACAACCCCGAGCUCAUGAGACAGACCAUGGAGCUGGCCAGGAACCCAGCCAUGAUGCAGGAAAUGAUGCGGAACCAGGACCGGGCUCUGAGCAACCUGGAGAGCAUUCCAGGAGGUUACAAUGCCUUGAGGAGGAUGUACACAGACAUCCAGGAACCCAUGUUCAGCGCUGCCAGGGAACAGUUUGGUAGCAACCCGUUCUCAGCUCUAGGUGGCGGCUCUGACUCUGGUGUCCAGCCAUCACGGACAGAGAACCGGGAGCCUCUGCCCAAUCCAUGGAGCCCACCAAAUUCUUCUAACCCGCCUGAGAGUGGAGGGGGGACCACAGGAGGCACUAGCACCACCGGGGGCACCAUCCCCAGUGUGUCCAAUCCUCUGGGCAUCAAUCCAGGAAGUCUGGGCAAUGGCAUGUUCAACAGCCCUGGAAUGCAGAGUCUAAUGCAGCAGAUCUCAGAAAACCCUCAGCUGAUGCAGAACAUGCUGUCUGCUCCCUACAUGCGCAGUAUGAUGCAGUCAAUGUCUCAAAACCCAGAGUUGGCUUCCCAGGUUUUGAUGAAUAAUCCCUUGUUUGCUGGGAACCCACAGCUGCAGGAUCAGUUUAGAUCUCACCUACCCGUCUUUAUGCAGCAGAUGCAGAACCCAGAAGCCCUGUCGGUUAUGACCAACCCCAGAGCCAUGCAAGCUCUAAUGCAGAUCCAACAGGGCCUGCAGACACUGCAGACAGAAGCACCAGGCCUCAUGCCAAGUUUGGUGCCAGGUGGGAUGCCAGGUGGGAUGCCAGGUGGGAUGCCAGGUGGGAUGCCAGGUGGGAUGCCUGGUGGGAUGCCUGGUGGGAUGCCUGGUGGGAUGCCAGGUGGGAUGCCAGGUGGAAUGCCAGGUGGAAUUCCAGGCAUACCCACGGGAGGGGCCAUGCCCACAGAGAACCCGGCCUCCUCACCCAGCAGUGCAGCAACAAACCCCGCCCAGCAGCAGCUGAUGCAACAGAUGCUCCAGAUGUUUGCUGGAGGAGGAGGCUUAGGAGGAGGAGGAGGCUUAGGAGGAGGAGGAACUGCAACGACCCAGACCCCAGAGGUGCGGUUCCAGUCCCAGCUGGACCAGCUGAACGCCAUGGGCUUCAUAAACCGCGAAGCCAACCUGCAGGCCCUCAUCGCUACUGGAGGAGACAUCAAUGCCGCUAUCGAGAGACUGCUGGGCUCACAGCCCUCGUAAAGACAUACAGUGCACACUGACACACAGACACGUGCAUACAUACAUACCUAACUCAUACACACACCCAGCAUCUACAAAGAACCGAGAGAAAUUUAAGUCUAUUGUCCCAAACUUUACAGAAAUAAACUCGGGCAGGAUCUGUUAGACCCUCAUUCUUCAUCUGUUCUCAGAUCAUUCCCUAGUCCCCAUACUUUCUCUGUUUGGCGUCAGUCACCCAGAUCUCUGUCCCAGAGUGCUGCUGUAGAGUCGGACUGACCCACUCUCCCCUUGUGGGGUGUUCUGGUGCAGAGAAAAGGAGCCCACAAAUUUUCCUAAGAAGGGAUCCCCCACAAUUUCAUAAUUCAUUGUUUUUCCUCACGUAAAACUGGAGUGUAGUGUUGCGUUCAGGCAUUUACACAAUACAUAUUAAAUCCAUGUGAUGUGAUUGGCUGUUGCUUCUGUUUCAGACGUUGCCAUCAUGAUACAGUUUGUUAGCAUUUAACUCGCAGAUCAAUACACAAAGAUCUUCUGGUAUACAGACAGAACACCAACAGGAUUCUUGUCCAGGUGUUCAGUCCCAUUCCUUGCUCUUUCCCUGUUCUUGAGAUUCUACAUAAACGGCUGUUUUUGCCCAACAGUUUUCACUAUUUAUUGCAAGCGCUUCAGAAAAUGACGCCCUCCGUACAUCCCUAAACUUGUAAUUUGUCAUUCCGGAUCAAAGUGCCCAGUCUAGGGUGCACAGUGUCUUUUCCUUCUGAGGCACCACUGCUGUGCCUUCUGUCCUCCCAUGCCCUGUAAGAGCAUCGUCAGCGAUCUACACCCUCACUCGGCGGGUUCGUGAGAAACCACGCAAUAAAUUCCACACAGCGUCAUCCAGAACUGUAUCCAUAAUCAAAUAUCCCACUGCAGCAGCUCUGAAGCAGAGGACACUGUUAGAAUGAAUAUGAAUGAAACAAACAAGCUUUCUUUCAUUUUAAUCUGAUUCUUCGUUUAAUUUUAUUUUUAUUAUUUCUCUAUUUUUUUUUCUUUUUUUUGGUGCAUUUAGUACCUAGAGAUAAUUAUAAUGUGUCUCGCAUUAAAAUAAAUGUGGAAAUCAAAUAAGUAAAAGAAUAACUAAAGAAACAAUGGAAAAGGCUUUACAAACAAUUCUGGUAUGGUUGCACCAUACGUUUCUAAAAUCAAGUUCUAGGUUGUCUUGUUCUGUUUUCCUUUUGAAAAAUCUCAGCAUUGUAGUUGUGGUAACCUUGGCAACUGCUUCGAUAGCUUUGCUUUGUCUGUUGACCUCAGCUGAAAAGAAGAAAAAAAACAUCUCCCAAUCGAACAUGUUGGAACUAACUUUUAACAGUACUGUACUAAAAAAAUAAAACAUGGUCAAAAAGA